UGCAGCGUUUACACACGCACAAACUCGUUCUGCGCACAUUCCGUAUAGUCUGUCAGUCAACGGCUACGUCGACGCUGUUCGAGAAUACGCCUUGCAGGAUUAGCUGUGCGUCUGUGGAGAUUUUUGUGGGUCAUGGGGGAAAGAGCAGGAGGUAAAUAAAGAGACACGCGCUAAUAAACACGGGUAAAGAUUUACUUUCACACUCAGUAGCUUUGCUGGUGUCUUAAUGUGCCAGCUAUUUAUUAUUUUCAAAGUAGACAAUUAGGAGAAGAGGAUAGUAGGAAGGUCUACAGUCAGCAGUAGGUUGUGGCACCUCAACAAAUGCAGAAAGAGUCUGGCACCCAGGCAGGAUCCUUUCUAAGGUGAUCUGAUUGGAUACGCCGCUGCCCGCUGUUGCCAUGGCGAUGCGGGAGUUGGUGGAGGGAGAGUGCGGGGGAGCCAAUCCUCUCAUGAAGCUGACGGGUCAUAUGACCCAGGAGGGAGGAGCUUGGAGGCACAGGUCAACGCCCACUAUUCCCCCUACACCCAUUGAAAUAGCAACAGAAGAAGAGUUGGUGAAUGAGUUCAUGCAGCAGGCGCCUCCACGGCCCCCUCACAGCUUCGACAUGGGCCAGUUACUGGAGGAAAUGCAGCAGAUUGAUCAGCAGAGCUACAGACAGGCUCCACAGAGAGCUCCGGGUGUGGCUGCGUUGGCCCUGUCUGGUGAUUGGACGUCUGAGUUUCUGUCGGGAGCAGAUGCCGCUGCCGCCGCCUCAUCGGGGCAGGCGGGACUUGGAGACCCGGCCGACGCUGAUUGGACCAGAGAGUUUAUCACCGAUGGCACAGAUCCCGGGCGUUGGGCAGAGGAGUAUCUGGAGCAGUCAGAGGAGAAGCUAUGGCUCGGAGACCUGGGAGAGAGGGAGCAAGACUGGACGAAAGAGUACCUACCAGGAGACGAACUGAAGCAAACAGCCAAUGAGCUGGUCGCAAAGGUCAAUGACCCCAAGUUACAGAACACUGAGUUCCUGCGGUUCAUUAGGCAGAUUGGCGAGGGCAGUGUCACAGUGGAGGACAGAGCAGGCAAACAGCACACAGAUAGAGCUCAGGCCAAGGAGGCUCAGAACUGGGCCUCCAACCUCAACCAGUUCCUGGAGGAGACUGGGGGAGGGACUUUACCCUCGACAACCCAAGAGUGGGAUCAGAAGAUUGCCAAAGCUAAGGCUAAACAGGCACAUCAAUGGGCUUCUGUCGUCAAGCAGGUCUCAGUGGAGUCAGCAGAAUCAUGGGUAGAUGAGUUUGCCACUGCAGGUCCAGAUUUCCAGCAAGCUAAAGCUGCUGUGGAGAGCGACUUGGACUUCUGGGAGAAGCUGCAGCAGGAGUGGGAGGAGAUGGCCAAGAGAGAUGCAGAAAGUCACCCCUGGCUCUCCGAUUUUGACCAGAUGCUCAGUAGCUCCUACGACAAGGGGUACCAGUUUGAGGAGGACAACCCGUACAUGUCCCACCAGGACCCCCUUGCUGAGGGGGUGAGGAGGAUGGAGGCAGGGGACAUCCCUGGGGCCGUGCGCCUGUUUGAGAGCGCCGUACAGAGAGAACCAGACAACCAGCUGGCAUGGCAAUAUCUGGGAACCUGUCAGGCAGAGAAUGAACAAGAGUUUGCAGCCAUCAGUGCCCUCCGCAGAUGCAUAGAGUUGAAGAAGGACAACCUGACAGCUCUGAUGGCACUGGCCGUCAGUUUCACCAACGAAUCGCUGCACAGGCAGGCCUGUGAGACCCUUCGCGACUGGCUGAGGCACAACCCCGCGUACAGGCCAGUCCUGGAGCAGAGUGAACGAGAGCGAGAGAAGGACGGCGGGACCAGAGAGCGGGAGAGAUUUGGCUCACUGCUGCCAGAUUCUUUGUUUACAGAGGUGCAGUCCCUGUUCCUCAGUGCGGCGAACUCUGACCCCGCCCGCGUCGACCCCCAGCUACAGUGUGGCCUGGGAGUCCUCUUCAAUCUGAGCGGGGAGUAUGACAAGGCCGUGGACUGUUUCACAGCAGCCCUCUCUGUCACACCACAGGACUACCUGCUGUGGAAUAAACUGGGCGCUACCCUGGCCAAUGGAAGCCGCUCAGAGGAGGCUGUUGCAGCCUACAGGAGGGCGCUGGAACUGCAGCCAGGCUUCAUCCGCAGUCGGUACAACCUGGGAAUCAGCUGUGUCAACCUAGGAGCCCACAGAGAGGCCGUGGAGCACUUCCUGGAAGCCCUGUCCCUGCAGCGGCAGGCAUCGGGGGAGGGCGAGACGGUCAGUGCCAGCCGGGCCCCAGGGGGUGCCGCGGCCACCAUGAUGUCUGACAACAUCUGGUCCACCCUGCGCAUGGCCUUAAGCAUGAUGGGAGAGAGCUCGCUAUACGCGGCGGCUGACCGGCGAGACCUCGACACGCUGCUCUCCUACUUCUGUCAGAGGGAGGGGGAAUGAAGGUGUGGGAGGGCCGAGGGGGGGAGAGGGGCAGGAGGAGAGUUGAUAGUGUGUGAGUGCGCACUUAGGGGAGGAAGGUGUCUGGGAGAGUUGGAGAGCGAGAGGUCCUGUCCACAAACAACCCCCUAGCCCUAACCCUAUAGGCACUUCAUAUAAACCUGAAAUUAUUGGAUAAGUAUAAACAACAUGGAAGUAGCUCCAUUUGUAGAAUUUCUGCCAUCUUGCUUAUAACUACCAGGGUUGGGGUCAGUUUACUUCCUGAAUUGAAAUGGAACUGACACCAACCCUGAUACCUAUCCAAUCCUUUCAGGAAGAGAGGUAGGAUGAUGUGUGACAAGGGGAGAGUUGGCCGAAAGGGAGGAGAGGUGAGAAGGACAUUUUGAUGUGUCUCAGCAACCAAGGGAAAUGCACCGUAUAUACCAGGUGUAUUGAAUACAUACUAUUUCCUCCCCUGAUCACCCUGACAUAGCCUGGUUUCCAGUUGGUUCCUACGUUUUUCAUUAUCAUGUUUGACA